CGGCGCCGAAGACACCUGCUGCUGCUGCUCUCUCUCGGCCGUCGUCGGCUAUACCCUUGCCGCCUUUGCUCGGAGCUGCGCCGAGGACCCCUGCUGCUGCUCCCCCCCUCGACACCGUCGGCGGCGACCGGUCUCCCUUCUCCUAGCCAUGGAGCAAGCGCCAUCAGUGGAAGUGGAGUCGAUCCUCUUCGGCUUCUACAGCGAGGAGGAGAUUAAGAGGGUCAGCGUCACAAGGAUCACCAAGGCGGACCGCCUCGAUGCCAAGAACUGCCCCGUGCCAGGCGGGUUGCUUGACCUAGCGAUGGGACCCAUCAACGCCACUGACACCUGCAAUACUUGCGGUCAGCUUUCCGGUCUCUGCCCCGGCCAUUUUGGCCACAUUGAGCUGUCAAAGCCGCUGUUUAAUCCACUGCUAUUUGGGACCCUUCGAGAUCUUCUCCGCUCGACGUGCUUCUCUUGUCACAGAUUCCGCUUGCACAGCGAACAGGUUCGUAGGUACACUCGUGAGCUUGAACUGGUAGCAAGGGGUGACGUCGCCCGUGCUAAAAAUUUGCAAGAUUCAGGUGUAGCAGAGGAAGAUGUUGAAAUGGACGAGGACAGUUCAGUUGAUCAAUCAUCUCCUUCUGACAGAGAGAAUAAAACCUGGACAUCGAUUCAGUUAAAAGAGGCUCAUGCUAUUAUCUUCAAGCUAUUGAAAAAGCAAGUGAAAAAGUGUGCAAACUGUGACAUGAGGAGUCCAAAGGUCACAUGUCAGAUAUUUGGUUGGCUCAAGAUUCAGGAUACUAAAGGUUCUUCUGUAAGAAGAAAAGCUAUUACCGAUUUUAAUCUGGAAGGAGAUAGUCAUAGACAUGACUCAAGUGAAAAUGGUGUUUCUGGUCUUUCCGAUGAUAUAAUUAAAGGGUCGAGCAAUCAAAUAACAGGCCUUUCUGAUGAUAGAAUUAAAGAAAUUCCUCUCUUAGCUACAGAGGUUGAAUCCAUUCUCAAAGACUUGUGGGAAAAUGAAGCCAGGUUCUGCAUGUUACUUUGUGACUUUCAGCAGAACUUAAGUGUAUCAGAAAAGAGGAGGGGCUAUGAGAUGUUUUUCUUGAAGAGUCUGCUUGUGACACCAAACAGAUUCCGUCCCUCGACUAGCUCUAGCCUUGGAAUUAUGGAACAUCCACAAAAUGUGCUGUUAGGUAAAGUGCAAGAGGCCAAUCUUGCGGUCCAGCAUGACAAAGCCCAUCCGAAUCACAUGGAUAUCAUUACAAGAUGGAGAGAUCUGCAAACAAGUGUAAAUUUAUUUUACGAUAGUAGUAAAGGCUUUGGAAAUGGCGAUGGGGAUGGUAAUGGUAUAAGGCAACUGUUGGAUAAGAAAGGGGGUGUUAUUCGACAGAAAAUGAUGGGGAAGAGAGUUAAUCAUUCCUGCCGGACUGUUAUAUCUCCGGAUCCAUUUUUGGCUGUUAAUGAAAUUGGGAUUCCUCCUCAAGCUGCGUUAAAAAUGACUUAUCCGGAGAAUGUGAUGCCCUGUAAUGCCAAAAAGCUACAAGAAGCUAUAAAUAAUGGCUGUGGAAUUCAUCCCGGUGCAACACACUACAAGGUUAACAAAAACAUGUAUAAAUUACAGGAUGACCGUUCCAAACGGCGUGCCAUUGCUAAGAUGUUACCUGCUUCUAGAGGAUCAAUUUCUCAACCUGGGAAAGAUCCUAAAUGUGAAUUUGAAAGCAAAGUUGUAUAUCGACAUCUUCAAGAUGGUGAUAUUGUACUUGUCAACAGACAGCCUACUCUUCACAAGCCCAGCAUGAUGGCCCAUUUUGUUCGUGUAUUGCCUGGAGAGAAGACAAUUCGAAUGCACUAUGCCAAUUGCAGCACAUACAAUGCUGAUUUUGAUGGUGAUGAAAUGAAUGUGCACUUCCCGCAAGAUGAGAUAUCUCGUGCUGAGGCCAUGAACAUUGUUGAUGCAAAUAAGCAGUACAUUGGUCCAAGGAGUGGGGAUGCUGUCAGAGGUCUCAUUCAGGACCACAUUGUUAGUGCUGUGCUUCUGACUAAACUGGACACAUUCAUAAGCCGUGAGGAAUACAGUCAGCUUGUAUAUGGGUCUUGUGUGUCCUCAACUCGUAGCCCUUGUCAAUCUGGUAAAAGGGUAUCUGUUAUGAAGGAUGGUGACAUAUUGGAACUUCUUCCUCCAGCUAUUUUGAAGCCAAAACCACUAUGGACUGGAAAACAGGUCAUAACAACCAUCUUGAACCAUUUAACAAAAGGUCACCCGCCAUUUACUGUUGAGAAGAAAGGGAAAAUUCCAGUAAAAUAUUUAAUACCUAAAGAACGCCAUGGUGAUAAAGAUAACGCUAAAGAUUCUGAACAAGUUCUGUAUAUUCAUGAUAAUGAGCUUAUAAAGGGCAUGAUAGAUAAGGACCAGUUCGGGAACUACGGGAUAGUUCACACGGUUUAUGAACUAUAUGGUGCAGAGACAGCUGGAAGACUGCUAUCAAUAUUCAGCCGUCUGUUUACAUUAUUCUUGCAGUUACAUGGAUUUACUUGUGGUAUAGAUGAUCUGCUACUAUUCCAAGAAUCCGAUAAGCAGAGGACAGAAACUCUCAUGACAAGUGAGAAAUGCAGUGAAGAAGUCCACAGGAAAUUUACAUGCGCUGGAGAUUAUGACGAAGAUCCAUUGAAAUUGCAAAUGGAGGUUGAAAAGGUUGUGCGGAGGAUUGGAGAAUCCGCGACCGACACGUUGGAUAAAAUGAUGUUAAGUGCUCUAAAUGGGUUACAAUCUGAGGUCAAUCGACGCUUGUUUCCCUAUGGGCUACAAAAGCCUUUUCCUAGAAAUUGUCUGACUCUUAUGACUGCAACUGGAGCUAAAGGUGGCGAGGUUAACAUGACACAAAUCACGUCAUUGCUAGGCAGCCAAGAUUUAGAAGGAGCGCGUGUUCCACGAAUGAUAUCUGGGAAGUCAUUACCUUGCUUUCCACCUUGGGAUACUUCUUCAAGAGCUGGUGGUUUUGUCAGUGACAGAUUUUUAACUGGUCUGCGCCCUCAAGAGUACUAUUUCCACUGUAUGGCCGGCAGAAAUGGGUUGAUUGACACAGCAGUCAAGACAUCGCGUAGUGGAUAUCUUCAGCGUUGUCUUGUCAAAAGUCUUGAAUCAUUGUUUGUGGCUUAUGAUCACACUGUGCGUAAUGUUGAUGGAUCAAUUGUACAAUUCCGCUACGGAGAAGAUGGAGUUGAUGUCCAUAAAAGUAACUUUCUCGAUAAGUUCCAGGAUAAAGACAUGUUUAAAGAACUUGCUGAUAAUAGAAAAGCUGUCCUUGACAGGCUUGGUAGAUACACUGGUGAUCACAUGUCAUUGCAGUCCAAUUACAUCACUGAACUGCCUGAAGCACUCACUGACCGUGCAACGAAAUUUCUCUCAAAAGAUAAGGGGCGCUGCCGGCAUGACAUCAAGGAGGAUGAACUAAUGAAUUUACUAAAAGCCAAGUACCUGGCUAGUCUUGUAGAUCCUGGUGAAGCUGUUGGUGUGAUCCUUGCCCAGUCUUUAGGAGAACCCUCGACACAGAUGACGCUCAACACUUUUCAUUUUGCUGGAAGAAGUGACGUGAAUGUCACACUUGGGAUGCCUCGGAUACAAGAAAUUCUAAUGAAAGCAUCAGCAAACAUUGCUACGCCUGUUAUGAUGUGUCCUCUGCUUGAAGAUGUGACUUGGGAUGAUGCUGAACGUCUUGCCGCAAAAUUGAGGGGUGUUCGGUUGGUUGAUAUUGUGGAGGGAAUCGAAGUAUGCACAGUUCCUUUUUACAACAAUAAUGGGUAUGUUUCGAGUCUCUAUAAGUUGCAGAUAAAACUAUUCCCACCAGAGCGUUACCCUCCUCAGUCUGAGCUUACAGUAGAUGAGUGUCAAACAGCCUUGAGAACAGUGUUUGUUGAUUCAAUGGAAUUUGCAAUCGAAAAACACCUAAAAUUGCUAUACAGAGUUAGUGGAAUCCAGGAAACUAGGGUAAAAGACACUGAGAGCUCACUAUCAGAAGGUCCUGAAGAAUCUGAAGGCCGACCUAUCGACGGGGAAGAAUCUGGUGCAAGUGAUGGUGAUAAUGAAAAUGAGGAUGACUUGGGAACUGAUGGAGAAAAGAGGAAACGUCAAGAGAAUGAUGAGAUGGAGUAUGAUGGUGAAGAUGAUGUUGAAAAGGAAGAUGGUAUGAACAGUGACCCUGAAGAAGAGACAAAAUAUGAACUUGAUAAUGAUGAUGAUCUAGUUGAGUCAGGCGGAGAAUCAGAAGUGAAUGACGAAGGACAUGUGUCAGAUUCCAGUAACAAGGUAGGCAAAUUAGAAGGUAAGCUUGCAGCUGGUAAACUCAAGAAGGAAGUAAAUAAAACCGUGGAAAACUUGGAGGAGCAGAAGCAGGCACAAAAAGGAGUGAAACGCACCAAGUUAAGCCGCACUGUCCAUGUUGAAAGCACAGGCUUAAAUUUUGAGGUUCACUACCUCUUGUUGCACAACGAACCCCAUAUUUUGCUAUCCCAGAUUGCCCAGAAGACAUUGCGGUCCCUAUUUGUCAAGGGAUCCCAUAACAACAAAAUUGAUCAAUGUAAAGUUGUUUGGCCAGAGAAGAAAGGUGAUUUCCGAGGACUGAAGACGGCAGGAGUGAACUUUGAUGUAUUCUGGGGUCUGCAGGACUACCUCGACAUCUGUAAGGUUGCGUCGAAUGACAUACAUGCAAUCUUGAGGACAUACGGGGUGGAGGCUGCCAGGGCCACCAUCAUCAAGGAAGUGAAAGCUGUUUUUGAACCCUUUGGUAUAAAUGUAAACAGAAGGCACCUGAGCCUGGUUGCUGAGUUCAUGACCUCCGGAGGUGAUUACCGAGCAAUGAGCAGCAUGGGGAUGGCCCAGUUCUGUACGUCGCCGUUUGGCAAGAUGACUUUUGAGCAAGCCACCAGGUUCAUCACGGAGGCUGCUUUUUACGGCGAGGCGGACAACCUCAAUGGCCCUUCGGCGACCAUAUCGUUGGGGAAACCGGCUAAGACGGGGACAGGUUGCUUUGGCUUGCUGCAGAAUUUUUGCUUAGAGGAGACCGCGGUCAUGUAACUGUCUCUUGUCUAUACGUUUGGUCUAUAGCAUGCAUGACUGGUCACUUGAUUUUGAGUCCAAGGAUUAAACAUACCAGUGGGUGAGAGAGGUGGUUGCUUGAUUUGAGUCCCAAGGAUUAGUUAGUGAUGUAUUCUUGUAUUGAGACUUUGGAUCUUUUUUGUAUGUCAGUUGCAUAUUCUUGGAACACGUCAAUAGGCAAAAGCCUGAUUAAUUCCGUAACACGUCAAUAUUCAGAUGAUUAAGUUGGGAUCAA